AUGGGAAACGCCAAAAUAAAUAUUGAAGAGGAGCUGUCUUUCUACUCAUCUCACCCAUCUUAUUCAGGACUGCGACGCCUUUCCCUAAUCUUCCCCACAUCGGCCUCCCUCGGCUGGGGCCGGCGCUCACCACCCUCCACUGGUAAAAAUCCACGUCUGCCCUGCCUUUCAUCCCAGCCCACAGAAAACCAUUUCCUCCUGCAGCCACGGUCGCAGCUGUCUGAGCUGCCUGCGGCUAGUCCCGCAAACAGGCGGACUGCAGACAGCGGCGCCGGGCCGGGCCGCUCCUCCCGCCGCGCACCGGCGCUGCCGCGUCUCCUCGGGGACCAGCGGGUUCGCGACCCC